UUUUACGUCAAUAUGCGUCAGCCAGGCUAGCAAUGAUUUCUCCUGCAACGAUCGGGACCUUAGAACCUUAUUUCCCUUUUGUUGCCUCUUAGAUCGGGGUUGAGACUAUUCAGUAUCCCGCCCUCCACCCACCUUUUUUUUAUUUUGCUUCCUCCCCCCUCCCCUUACACACACACAUCUUCCUUAAAGUAUCCUCCGACCAUUUCUUAGAUCCUGUUUUGUUUUUCUAAAUUAAUAUUUUUUUUUGCUUCCCCCUUCCCCCCACACACAUGAGAGAAACUUACUUUGGUGUGUUUGUUGUUGUGGGUCCGGUGUUGUGUAUAUGAGUGCAGUUAGCUGUGUUAUAUACCAGCUCCCAGCAUGGUCAUGGCGGAUUGCCCGAGUCAGUUGCAUCGGGCGUCCGUGCGGGUGGGUUUCUACGAUAUCGAGCGUACUUUAGGUAAAGGGAAUUUCGCAGUCGUUAAGCUGGCCAGGCACCGCAUCACCAAAACUGAGGUUGCAAUAAAAAUCAUUGACAAGUCUCAACUGGACGCUGUGAACUUGGAGAAGAUCUACAGAGAAGUGCAGAUCAUGAAGCUUCUGGAUCAUCCACACAUCAUCAAACUCUAUCAGGUGAUGGAGACCAAAAAUAUGCUGUAUCUUGUGACGGAGUACGCUAAGAAUGGAGAGAUCUUUGAUUAUCUGGCAAACCACGGUCGGCUGAGUGAGCUGGAAGCCAGGCGAAAGUUCUGGCAGAUCUUGUCGGCAGUGGAAUAUUGCCACAACCGCAAAAUUGUCCAUCGGGAUCUGAAAGCUGAGAACCUUCUGUUAGACAGCAAUAUGAAUAUUAAAAUAGCGGAUUUUGGGUUUGGUAAUUUCUACAAACCUGGAGAACCCUUGGCCACUUGGUGCGGCAGCCCACCGUAUGCAGCUCCAGAGGUUUUUGAAGGACAGCAGUAUGAGGGACCACAACUGGACAUUUGGAGUCUCGGUGUGGUUCUCUAUGUGUUGGUUUGUGGAGCUUUACCAUUUGAUGGUCCAACGCUUCCCAUCCUGAGGCAGAGAGUUCUGGAAGGCAGGUUUAGAAUUCCGUACUUCAUGUCAGAAGACUGUGAACACCUUAUUCGACGUAUGCUGGUCUUAGACCCUUCUAAAAGACUCACAAUUGCCCAGAUAAAGGAGCACAAGUGGAUGCUGACUGAGGUGCCAGUACAGCGACCAAUUGUAUACCCUCAAGCAACUGAGACUGAAUCAACCAUGGGAGAAUACAAUGAGCAAGUUCUACGACUGAUGCAUAGCCUGGGGAUUGACCAGCAGAAAACCAUUGAGUCGCUACAGAACAAGAGUUAUAACCAUUUUGCUGCUAUUUAUUAUCUAUUGGUGGAGAGGCUCAAGUCCCACAGGAGCAGUUUCCCCGUAGACCAGAGACUUGAUGCUCGACAACGAAGACCAAGCACCAUUGCUGAACAAAGUGUUGCCAAGGCAAAUCCUGUCAUGCCUCAGGUGAAUCUGCUGCCUCAGAACGUCAGGCUGUUGAGGUCCCCUCUCCUGCCACAAUCUGCUGCUGUGGAUACAUUCUCCUUUCUGCAGACUGGGUGCCAGCCGGAAUUAGGCUUCAUGGAGGAAGAUGUCAGCACCCCCAAGGUAAAUGGUUGUCUUCUGGAUCCUGUGCCUCCUGUAAUGGCAAGGAAAGGAUGUCCACCAUCUCCUAGCAACAUGAUGGAGACGUCCAUCGAUGAGGGGAUAGAGACCGAGGAUGACUCGGAAGAGGACCCCGCCCAGGUGUACGCAUCAUUUCAGGCAAUGCGCUGUGGCCAGAGGAGGCACACUCUAGCUGAAGUGACCAACCAGCCAAUGGGGAUGCCAAGUACAGGGAAACUGUUCACUAUAGGCAAUAAUCCAUCCUUGGGAAGCGUUGAUUCAGAAUACGAUAUGGGAUUGAUGCACAGUGAGCUCAAUAUUCUGGAGGACACACCACCCCUGAAGGAGGUUGUACUCGUCAACCAACCAGUGGCACGAAUGACCCCACCACUGAUUGGCAUCCGGCCACCGAAUCCAGCAAUGGAGGCACUGACUUCCCAGAAACGCGAAGUGCAUAACCGGUCACCGGUCAGCUUCCGGGAAGGUCGAAGAGCUUCUGAUACAUCUUUAACACAAGGGAUUGUAGCCUUCCGCCAGCAUCUUCAGAAUUUGGCCAGGACCAAGGGGAUCCUGGAGCUCAACAAGGUCCAGAUGUUGUACGAGCAGCUGGGACCAGAUGAGGAUCCUGAUGUGUCACCAGCACCACAUUUACAGAGUCUCCUCACCAGCCACCAUCAGGAUGAGGCGUCUCAUCAAGAAAAUGUAGCAAUAUUCCCGAAUGGGGUUCACCCGCAUGUGCUGUCACGUCGCCAGAGCCUGGAAACACACUAUUUGCAACACCGAUUGCCGAAUCCAAGCUUAUUGAAUAAAGCACAAAACAGCUGCCCACUGUAUUGCAAGGAAACCCCCAGGAGUCUCGAACAGCAGCUCCAGGAACACAGGUUACAGCAGAAACGGCUGAUUCUGCACAAACAGUCACAGCUUCAGGCCUACUUUAACCAGAUGCACAUUGCCGAGGGUUCGUACCCACAGAGGGCCCAGCAGAUGCCCAUACCUCAUCCCGAAGCCCAGCAACAGCAGCAGUUCAGUAUGGCCCAGCCUCUGAGCCCAGUGCCAGAGCCCUCUGAACAGAUGCAGUGCGACCCCUUCCUCAACCAGCACUACAAGCUCCAGCUUUCACUGCAACAAAUGGCACCAGUUCAGCAGCCCAGCCAGCCUCCACUUCAAUCCCAGGCUCACCUUGAUCCACCGCAACAGCAGCAGCAACAGCAGCAAAUCCUUCAGUACCCAUACCAAGCCUGCGAGAUGGUAGGAGGCACCCCUCCAGAACCCAGCUACCCUGAACACUGUCCAUACACUUUGGGCCAAACCCCACAGGCUGCCUUGACCUUGUCUGAAAGUCAGGCAUGCAGCGCUACUUCUGAUUCACCAACGACCUACAAGAACAUCACCAUCCCUGAACUCCCAGGGCUUUUUGAGUGUGAGAUGAUGGAGACGGUUGAUAGCCAACAUGGAGGUUAUGUCCUGGUGAACUGACUUCAGUCUUUCUAUUUUUUUUUCAGUGUUAUUUCACCGAGAAAGAAGGGAUGAAGAGAACAGGGGUAAUAAAAAGGAAGUCAGUUUAGUUUGUAUAUUCAAGAAAACACUAAAGUUGAUGACCUUUCCUCCUCAAAGCAUUAAAGUGGAGAGAAUAAAAAUCAACAGUGAAGAACUGGUUUGGGCCGGUUCUCAUUUGUUGAUGUAGCUGUGCUGUGGUCCUGUUGGCUCUUGUGUAUGGGUGCUGAGAAGAACAAAAGAGGCAGGAGUAACUCCUAAGGAGCAAACGCACUUUCCUGAGGAUGGUACCAACUAACCAAACCAGACAAUAAGCACGUAACACUAAAUAGGAAGGAGACAGACGGCAGAAUAAAGUGUAAUGUUUCUGACAACACAGCAAUAUGUCAAUGGGGGUGGGGGAGGGGGGGAGAAGAAACUGGAGUUGUUGAAGAGCUUUGAAAUUCCUGAGAAUGGUAUUACCAUCCUAGUUUUUAAAAAAAAUUCUCAUUAAUUCACUGAACAUCCAGUCACCUCCAACAAACCCUGGCCAAUGCCAUCAGCUUGAACUGCCUGGGGAAUGUAACACUUUGAGUGGGGAGAACCCUCUCAAAGGGAAAAGGCCUCAUCUCCCUCUGAAGUCUGGCCAUUGUUUUUCACUACAUUGGAUGUUCACAAUGUCUGACACUUAACAUUUCACACCAGAGGAUGAUCCUGGGUUGCAUUUAGCUCUAGGAAGGACACGAUGUAGAAGAAAUUUUUUUAAAAAGUGCCUCCUACGGGGGCAUUUUAGCUGUGCACACCUCUGGGGGUGAUGAUUUAAUGUGUUAGUAGUCGUUCAGUGUUUUGCUUUUCAAGGAAUAACUCAUUGUAAGUUUGAAUUUCAGAUAUGAGUUGCUGGUUGUUUAUUAAAAGCUUUGUACACUUUACCUAGGGUUUUAGAAGUUAUACAAGAAAUAAGCUUUGGAAACGAAAACCGUUGUGUGAAGUGUGAUAGUGCUGUGCCUUUUUUUUGCUUCUUUUUAAUUUAAGAAAAACAGACACAUUUCUGGAAAACAGUUUGGAAAAAACAAUGCCCCAUUUAUACUCGCAAGUUAACCAAAGUCACUUCAUAGUAAAUACUUCCGGUUCCACUAUGUGGAACCCAGGCCAAUAUUUUACUGUGUUCCUUUUUAAGUCGAUCUAUAUGUAAAGAGUAAAAAGCAAUAUUUAUUAAAUAUUUUGAAAUGACAUUUGUACCGUACAUGUACCGUGAUUGGUGUUUUGUGCACUGUCAGAAUAAUUUGACCUCUCUUCCUUGUUUGAAAUAUGAUAUCGUCAGGGAUUGAUGGUGAAGCACUGAUCUGACUAGAUUGGAUGGCUAGCCCAGGCCUAUGAUUGUGGUUGUGGAAAGGAAACUGUGGAUUCCACAGGCCCUCAAGGCCGUUGGUCCAUGGUGUUGGAUCAGCGCUUCACCGCAAAGAGUUAGCAAUGUUGAAAUUACCAUGUAGAAAAUUGUACCUCAGCAUUUUCCCCCGACAGCCUGUGUUAAAUGGCACAGCAAGCAGAAGGGUUUGGCAGGCACACGGGGAGUUGUGCCUCCAAUACAAAUCACGCGGCAUACACUGUGAUUGUAUUCUGUUUGUGAUGUUAUAAUGAGUCAGAUGGUCAACAGCCACAGCAACAGUGCCAUCUCUGCCAAGUUUCCAGCUUCACCACAAAGGAGGAAUGCUGCCAGGAUUCAGAUUAGUUACUCUUUUUUUAAAAGUGUUGGAACACACACAAAGGCAUCGUCCUACUUUUGCUGCCUCUCUCUUGCUGUUGUUUCUCUUGUCCCAUUUUCAUAUCUGUUUGCAUCUAUAUGUAGGAUGGCAGGUCAACAGCAGACAGUCUGUGUCUCCUCCACGAUGUCCAACACUGAUAUCAUUCUGUGGCGAUGACCGUCCAAAGGGUGAAUCGUAUGAAAUUUUGGUCUUCCUUCUCCCUGUUAUCCCAUUAUUCCCCCAUUUCCACAUAGUCAUAUUUCAUACUCCUGAGGAAACUUUGGCCUGGAGGGUUUUCUUUAUGGUGGGGGAGAAAGAGUUAAUUUUUAAAGAAUUUAUUUUUCUGACCUGCUUUGGAACACUCCCUGCCAUGACCUGCCUUUUCACAACUAGAGUUCGGGUACAGUGACUCUGUACCAACACUGUUCUACUGUCAGUAGAGAGUGCAAGUGGUACUGACUGAUGACCUCCUCCCUCUUGAAAGGAAGACUUCUCCAAUUCCAACCCCAGGAUGGACCAGCUGAGACCAAGUGGAAGCCAGCCUCCAUUUCUCCAACCACUCCCCACUUGCAAAAACAAAGAGUUCAAAUCCCUAGAUAUUCAAGAAAAUUACAGUUCAUAGAAUUUAAGCAUAGUUCUUCACAUUCGUUUUGAUGUUCAUGUGAUUUUUUUUUGCAAAGAAGAUUUGAAUCUUGAAAUUCUGCUUUGCAAUACUAGCACCUGAACCCCUAAUAUGUUUGAAUGCAUUUGCUUCAUCCGUUGUUUUAAUGUGCUGUCCCUGUUUAAAGCAGAAGCAUUUGAUAUGAAUUCAUCAGUUUCCAGGCCUUAACAAAGCUCCUGUUCCUUGGCUACUGUCCAGCCAGUAAUUUGAGAUCUGGAAACUGUGUGCUGAAGUAACAAGAAUUAUUACACACAGCCUUUAAUUGCAAUGUCGUCUUCCCCUGAAAUAUUACUACUUUCCUGCUGCCCCACACCUUUGAUUGAGUGAUUAGAAGCAGGAUUUCAGUCUCUGCUCUCACUUCAUUGCCCUGGGAGCUGGGUUUAGGCCAUGUCAGGAUUCAUGCUGAGGUGACCUGUGGGAAUGAGAGAGACAUGAGUGCUCUGUGCCUCAGUGUAGACCCACAGGUUGUCCCCCAUUACACUUUAGCAUUGUUUCUUCAUUGUAUACAAGAAAACAUCUCGUGUUCAAAACUCAAAACCGACCGGAAGGUACAUGAGCAGUCUGAACGUGUGUAAUCUCAUUUCGCGAUUUCUUUUCCUGAAUGUGGGAAGGUCCCCAAAUCUCAUAUUGGCAGGUUUAUCCCUGAGGGAGUCUCACUCAACAUCCACAGCAGCACAAUGGGUAGUAGAUGGGAGUGAGCCUGAAAUCCUGGAUUGGAAGGUUCCGGCUGCUGCUCGCAGUCAUGAGAAUGGAGAUCAAGGCUUUGAUCAUUGGCUCUUGAAUGGCUGAAUGCUGUCAUGUCUUUGCCGACAAGGUCAAUGCAGAAGCUUGUGUAUGAUCAUUCUGUUUCUCAUUUAAGAAACUAUAUAGAAGUAACUAUACUGCAGCAUGUGGGAGAUUGUGCUUUUUUUUUCAGAACCAUAAAACUGUAUCCAAGCUGAAGAGCAAGGGUUUAGCACAAGAGAAAAUGAGGCAGGUCAGUUAACUGAUAGCAAUGCAAUUCUAAACAAAAAGGGAAUUGGAAGGGGUUCUAAAGAAAGGCCACUGGAUCCUGAACUGUUAACUCUGUUUUCUCUCAGGCAGAUGCUGCCAGGCCUGCUGAGUUUUCCCAGCAACUUCUGGUUUUGUAGCAAUGCAAUUCUGUCUUUUUCUGUACCCAAGGUAUUUAGUUUUCCUGCUCUUCUGCUUGUGUUUGCCAAAUAACCAAAGGGAUGUUGGUGCAAACAGGAAGGUGCAUUUCAAGACCGGAAUGAACGUGUCCAUAUACUCCUCCACAAAUCACUAGCUUUUACUUUCUCACCUAUUAACAGCCGUGAGAUGACACAAGCUCAGUGUAGUAAUCUUUCCUUGUAGCGACUUUGAUUUCACUUCCAUUCUGUAUUUUGUAAAAACACAAAAGAGUCUUCUGUCCAAUUUAUGAAUUAGAUGUAUAAAAACGUGUAUUUUUACCUUUAUAAUCUUUUAAUACAAUAUGUACUUUGAAGAGACUUUGGUGCAACGUAUAAGGGGUAAAUGUAUACACAGAGAUAAGUGCAAUACGUGUGGUACAUAGGAUGCAUUCUGUUAAAUAGUUGAUGCUUCAGAAAUGCACUAGUUCUAUAUGCUCUUGAUGUAUGUAAAAGCUGCUUUUUUUUUACAAUUUAGUAAUUAAACAAUAGUGUUUUGUUUCUACAACAAAGAAGUGUAAUACACAUUAUGGACCUUGUGAAGAAAAUUGCGCGCUACGGUUACAGAACUGUGUAUUAUAAUUGUGUGAUGCUGCCUUUUUUUUGUCAAUGUUACACAAAAGGAGAGAAUUGGCAGUCUUCAGUACCUCGAGCAAGUUUUCGUACGAUGUUGAAAUAAUGAGAAUGACAUUUUUUUGAAUUACUCGGCAGACCGCUGUCCCAGACUGCUGGCGAAGUUGCUGCUGAGAUUAUGGCCGUUUGAUAAGCAAUCUUUGUACUGUUAACCAAAGGAUAAUUUAAAUAGGUAAUUUACUUCAAGGAUCUAACUGAAUACAGUUCAUGUACUGGUCCAAAUCCCCAGUUUGAUUGAAUCAAGAAUAAAGGCUGUAGUGUU